GACGACUUCGAAAAUAUGUCGGAAAUAAAUCCAACAGGAACUUCACGUGUGGUGGUGGAUGAUAUAUGGCGGGUUCUCCGACCUUGGAGUUAUUAUCAGAUGUUCCAGCUUCCCAUCAUUCUCCUUGGAUUCUUUCCUGUAGCGUACGGCAUGCUGAUACACGUGUUCAUAGGCUACACACCAGAUUUCCAAUGCCGGAACUUGAGUAAGCCGUUGACUGAAUAUGGAAUCGAUCUCUCAAACAAUCAAAGCUCUCACAUCAUCGAGUAUAGCCAAUGUCACAUUACGAUCAAGGAGGACGGAACAACUGAAAAUCAGACAGAAAUGUCAUGUCCGAACGGGUACCAGUUCAGCACACAACAAAGUCGUUCAACCAUUGUGACUGAGUGGGAUCUUGUUUGCGAUAACCAGGGUCUGGGUGAGCUGAGUCAGACGCUGGUCAUGGUUGGACAAAUCGUAGGGGCGAUAUUUCUCUCCCCACUACCCGAUAGGUACGGCCGAAAACCCGUCAUGAUUGUUGGACAGGUUCUCGCCUUUGCAUUGGGUGUCUCGGCGUCAUUUAGUCCCACCUACGCCGUUUUCUGUGUCCUGCGAUUUCUUGUCGGCGUUGUGAUACAGUGUCUCAACACGACCACUCCAGUGAUGUGUCUGGAACUGUUCCCUACCGAGUAUCGGGGUUCUGCUGGAAUCAUUACUAACACCAUGUGGUCGACGGCUGUGCUCUCUCUCACCUUAUUUGGUUAUUUCCUGAGGGACCUAUCCUGGCGCCAUAUUCAGCUGGUUUCCGCUCUAUCUUGUAUUCUUGGUCUUUUCUCAUUCUGGACUAUGGACGAAUCGCUGAGAUGGCUGGUGGCCAACAACAGGAAAAGAGAAGCCAUGGCACUAGUACGUAAGGUCGCCAGUCGGAACAAUGUUCCUCCGGAAAAAGCUCUAUACCUGCUAGAGAAAGUAAUGGAGGGCUUCACCAUCACCAUCGAGCCGAUUGGUCAUAACAAUGACCUAGAACUUACUGUGAAUACACGAAUGACGGAUACAAAUGAUUAUAAUGACGUAAAUCUGACAGAGGGCACGAGGAAUGGUCACUGUCUCAAAAAGGAGACCGUAAACAAGAAAGUCACAGAAAAUUCCUAUACUCCUCAGAUUUCUGCUGAGAGAGACGAUUUGUUGAUAGAACGCUCACACCAGGACAAGAAAUCUCAAUCUGAACAUAUCUCUUACUUGGAUGUGUUCAGAAAUGCAAAACUACUCCGCAAUACAGUAAUUCUGUGCUUGUGCUGGUUCUCCUCUGGUUUCGGAUACAUGGGACUGUUCCUGGUGCCUUCUUCAUUCACAGAUGACAUCUAUAUAAAUUAUUUCAUCAACGCUAUCGUCGAGUUCCCAGGACUUUUCAUCAUGCUUUCAUUAAUCAACAGAAUUGGGAGGAAGUGGCUGACCAUGGCAUACUUUGGACUAGCUGGCGUUUCGAUAGUAGCAGCCGUCAGCAUAUUACUGCUAACUUCAAGGCAUCACGAGACCACCGAUAUCAUAGGAGCUGUUGCGAUCUACCUUGGCAAAUUUUUCAUAUAUGGUGUUGUGGCUAUGCUGUAUAUAUACACACCGGAGCUGUAUCCGACCAACGUCAGAAAUAUUGGUUAUGGUGUAACCGGGUGUGCAGCACGGCUUGGUUCCAUGGCGGCACCGUUUUUAAGCGUUUUAGCAUCCUCAGCAGAGUGGGCCCCGGGUGUCGCCUUAAGUGCCACAUUUAUUCUAGCCUUGUGUUCUCUACUACUUCUACCAGAAACCAAGGGGAAAGAACUCCCACAGACUUUAAAGGAGUUUGUAUCAUGGGAAACUGAAGAAAAGGGUUCAAAAUUGUGUAAAUCAUGUGUAUGUAUACAAUGAUGACAUUAGGAUGGUAAAACCAUCAUUCAAAAAUUAUGGUUAUGUCACGCAUAAUUUUAUUGGAUAAUUUCCAUGACCUAAUCCUCGAUAUAUCUAUGAUUUCUGACGCUAGCCUAAAGAUGGCAGCCAUCUGGAAAGAGGCAGAUGAUCGACACAAGAGAAAUUUAUUACAAUGACAUGCUAAAAUGCGUCAUCAUAAUGUGAAGUGGAAUGUACGAUGGUGAAAAUGUUUGUUUCAUGUUCCAAUGAACUUUUCUCUGCUUCAAAUGAGUUUGUUGGUAAUGUCCGAAUUUCGAUCAAGAGAAUACACUGUAAUCUAUUGACAGAACACUGCAAUCUGAAAACAUUACACAGAACAGUAAGCCAUAUUCUCAAUCCAGGGAUCAACAAAUAUCGCAAUUAAAUAAAAUUGUGUCACAUGGUAUCAUAUUGUCUCCUACCUUUACUGGAUAAUGAUAUCGAGAAUUGAGACAUAAAUCCCAAUCUCCAUUUGAAAGAAAUGCACCAACAACUUUGGAUGAGUCUUCCGUCAUGAUCUCUUGUCAAAGCAUCUCCACGAUAUCAGUAGUUUUAUUGAUCUACAGUAGUGAAUAGAUACAUUUAUCAUUCAGAGACAGACAUGAUGUAAUUUCAGGUAUAUACAUCAGGAAUCAACAUAAACAACAAUUUAGACAGACAACCUAUGUAGAAAAACAUUUCAAUUUCUCCAUACUCCUCCACCUACAUGACUGGAAAGUGGGCGGAGCUUCUUCGUCAUCAGUGAGCAUUUUGAUUGGCUAAGAUAAUGUGAAGGACUGUUUUGAACAAAAUUGUGUAGGUCUUGGUUUUUGUUGAACUUUGUUCAUAUUGUGAUAAAUACAAUGUUUUUAUACUGAAAUUAUUUUAGAAUGGGCAUGGUAUGCUUGUUUUUAUGCAUAUGCCAGAGACAGGAAUAAUGUAUAUUGUCCUUUUAACAGAAAACAUAAACAAAAUGUAUGAUCUAAUCUCCAGUAUAUGUAUAAGAACAGGCAUACUAUCCCCUGUAUAUUUAUAUAAUGACCUAUGUGAUAAAGAACAUUUAUAGAAAGAAAUUUUUUAGAAAUUAUUUAUAAGCAAAUGCUGGUUUCAUUUGUGAAAUUUCUUUUUAACUGUUACAAAUAUAUAUUAUGCACAAAA